UUCCUCAAUCCUUAUUAAUAUCGUGCAUGUUUCACGAACUUCCAUAAUUUCAAUGGCAAAAAUUAAAUUGCUAGUGUACAUAGUGGUGCUGUUGGUGCAUUUAACAUUAGGCGAAGAAGUUUCAGUUGAAGACGCAUCUGAUGAUGUGACUAUUGAAUCGGUACCAUACUUUCGUCCGACAACAGAAAAAAGAGGCGUGUACCUAGCCGAGCAUUUCGAUGAUGUAUCAACUUUGAACAAUAAAUGGGUGAAAUCUAAUUCAAAAAAACCAGACGUUGAUGAAGAUUUGGCACAAUAUGAUGGUAAAUGGAAUAUUGAAGAAUUAGAAAGAUUCUCAUUGAACGGCGAUAAAGGUCUAGUUUUAGUGUCUGAGAGUCGUCAUGCCGCUAUUUCUUCCAAAUUGGAUAAACCAUUUAAAUUUGAUAAUGGAAAAACUCUAGUCGUUCAAUACGAAGUGGCAUUUCAAAAGCCGCAUACAUGUGGUGGAGCAUAUCUUAAAUUAUUGACUGAAGGCCCAGCUACUAAAGAUUUAACUCAGUUUAAUGAUAAAACGCCUUAUUCAAUCAUGUUUGGUCCUGACAAGUGUGGACCGACUUCUAAAGUACAUUUCAUAAUUAGACACAAAAAUCCUAAAAAUAAUACCAUAACAGAAAAACACUGCCUUAAACUCAAAACGGAAGAAACUAUAUUCACUGAUCAUCAACCCCAUUUAUUCACAUUGGUUGUCAAGCCAGAUAAUUCAUACUCAUUUUAUUUAAAUCGAGAGUUACAAUACGAAGGCGACAUCUUGUCAGAUGAAGACUUUGAUCCCACAAUCAAUCCACCUAAAGAAAUAAUUGACAAAAAUGAUGUGAAACCUGAAGAUUGGGACGAACGAGCUAAGAUACCUGAUGAAAGUGCUGUGAAACCUGAUGACUGGGAUGAAAGUGAACCUGAAAGUAUUCCCGAUGAAUCAGCAUCAAUGCCAGAUGAUUGGUUAGAAGAUGAAUCUACUCACAUACCUGACACUGUAGCAGUUAAACCAACAGAUUGGGAUAAUGAUAUGGAUGGUGAGUGGGAAGCACCUUUAAUCAACAAUCCAAAGUGUGAAGAUCGUUCAGGAUGUGGGCCCUGGUCAAGACCGCUUAUGAAAAAUCCCAAGUACAAGGGAAAAUGGAAACAACCUUUUAUAGAUAAUCCUAAUUAUCGCGGAAAAUGGUCUCCAAGACUAAUACCAAACCCUGAUUAUUUUAAUGAUCCGACUCCAUUAAAAUCAUCACCUAUUGGUGCUGUUGGCUUUGAGUUAUGGUCUAUUUCAGAUAAAAUUUAUUUUGAUAAUAUAAUAAUAACAGAUAACGAAGGAAUUGCCGAAGAAUGGGCAGAGAAAACUUGGUCACUAAAAAAGAAGAAUUUAUCUCGUGAAUCGGAGAGUGCGUUUGGAGCUGUUUUGAGAUACACCAAUGAAAACCCCUGGUUAUGGGCAAUUUAUGUAGUUAUAGUAGCUAUAGUUGUUGUUUUAUUAGUUAUAAACUGCACUUCAUCAAAGGAUAAACCUACAUCCGAUGAGUCUAGAAAAAAAACUGAUGAACCCGUUCCAGAUAUUGAAGAAGAAAUGGAUGAUGAUGAAGCAGUCGAUACUAAAGAAGAGGACGAAAUAGACAACAAAAGUUCUGAUGCCGAGGAAAAUAGUGCGGUGGAAAAUGAGCAAGCUAGUGGAGACCAGCUGCCAUCUUCACCGAGAAAACGCAAAACUAGAAAAGACUGAAUCUGCCCAUGGCUUCCCUUCCCACCCCUUGUAGCUUCAAAUGUAUUGUUUGUAUUCCUACAUUAUGUGUAUUUGUUUACUUCCCAUUUAAACAUUAGUCGUUAUGUUAUAUAUAAUAAAAUCCACAUAUUAUACAGGUUUAUUUAAAAUAUUGUAUAUUGGUAUAUGAAUGGUACACAACACUUUUUUGAAAUUGCAUUAUAUUAAACACUUUUAAUAGACUUUUGCUUGAAUAGAAACUAAAUUGCUUUAAAUUAGGUAUAACUAAUUUUAUACUCUAUAUUACUAUACAAAAUAUAUUUAUAAACCUGAUUUGAC